UAGAAACAUUACAUUCACGACCUGAGCGAGAAAAUGGCAGCACCAAGCACUCUAAUCGACACGGAUAGCGAUGAAGAAUUACCAGCUGGCUGGGAAGAGAGAAGCACUGGAGGUGGUCGAGUAUAUUAUGCUAACCAUCAAGAUCAGUCAACAAGCUGGAGUCAUCCUCGCACUGGCAAAAGAAAGCGCAUCACCGGAGAACUUCCAUUCGGCUGGUCAAAGGCAGUUGAUGAGAAAGGACGUCAAUUUUUUGUUGACCACUUGAACAAGAGAACGACUUACACCGACCCUCGCCUAGCCUUUGCCAUGGAGGAGAGUUCAGACCCUACCAAGCUAGCCCAGAGGUUUGAUGCCUACAGCACAGCGCUACAUGUCCUACAGGGAAGAGAUCUCAGUGGACAGUAUGCUAUCGUUACUGGGGCUAAUUCAGGCAUCGGCUUUGAAACUGCUUUAGGAAUGGCGUUGCAUGGCGUCCAUGUUGUCCUAGCAUGUCGUGAUCUGAAGAGUGGAAACGAUGCUGCUUCUAAAAUCAAGAAGAGGUUAGACCAGGCCAAAGUUGUAGUCAUGCAGCUAGACCUGGCCUCGCUUCGUAGUAUUCAACAGUUUGCGCGGAACUACACGUUGCGAGAAUGGCCACUUCAUAUGCUGGUCUGCAAUGCUGGUAUUUUCGGUGCUCCAUGGGAACUGACCGAGGAUAAGAUCGAGAUGACCUUCCAGGUGAACCACGUCGGUCAUUUCCACCUGGUCAACCUACUGACCGAGACAUUGAAGAAGUCUGCCCCUGCUCGGAUCGUGAUGGUAUCCUCAGAAUCUCACAGAUUUAUAGACUUCUACUCCAGCAAGCUAGAUCUAAGUGAGGUAGCAAUGCCUAAGGACAAGUUCUGGCCCAUCUUAGCCUACGGACGCUCCAAGCUCUGCAACAUCCUCCACAGCACUGAACUCAACAGGAGGCUGUCCCCACAUAAUGUCACCUGCAAUGCGCUACAUCCUGGGAAUAUGAUUUACACCGGGAUCAGCAAAAAUUGGUGGCCAUAUAGGAUCAUGUUCUUGAUGGUCAGGCCUUUCACCAAGUCAGCCACACAAGGAGCUUCUACAUCAAUGUUCUGCGCUACAGCCAGAGAGCUUGAGGGCGUAGGGGGAAUGUACUUCAACCAUUGCUGUGCUUGCAUGCCGUCGGACGAAGCUCAGAAUACAGAACUAGCAACGGCUCUCUGGGACCAUACAGAUAACAUCAUCAAAGAAGCACUCAGCAACAACUCAUUAUGAUGAUGGCUACUGGGUUUUACAUUACAGAGAUAGAUGUGGAUUCUCAUUCCAAGCCCUUUCUUUUGUUGAUAACUUGAUACACAGGGUUGGCUAUUACGUGAAUGCAGCAGUCAAAUAUGAGAUGGAAAUAUUGGAAGUACUAGUAAAUGAGAACAUCAACUGCAUUUUUUCACAAAGGAACUCUUGUUGGUCAAUCAUCAUUCAUCUUAUACAAAUAAUACAUGUUUGCAAGUGCAUUGUGAAUAUGCACUGCACGCAGGUUAAGUCACAGUAGGAUAAUAAACAAGCUUGUCGAGUUCAUUGUCCGUCCCAUUGUGACUUAACCAAGUGCAGUGUAUAUCUGUACACGAGCUAAAACAUGUAUUGUUUGUUUUAUUAGAUGGGUCUACAAUACGAGUAUAAAGUCAAGAAAUUGACAAAAAGCCCGAUCAAAAAUCCAAGAGUAGCACAAUCAUGCAUAUGGUAAAAGUUAAUGCACACACAUGUGAUCAUUUCUACGCUUCUCAUUGGCUACAUUCUUUAAAACCAUAUCUGGGAUCAUUCCUAAAUAGGCAUGUACCGAUUGUCCAUAUUACUACCAGGUACUACAUAUUACUUCUACAUUGUGAAGUUUCAAGAAACACAAUCCAGAAAUGAUUAAUAAGGAGGGGGGGGGGGGGGGGGGGGGGGGCAAUUAUCGCCAUUUCUGGCUGUGAGAGCUUUCUGACAUGAGCUUUUUAUCUUAUGUGCAAUUAUAGAGUUGAAUAGCUAUGCUAGCCAAAUGACUUUAUAGAAUAUGUGAAGUUUAAUGCAUUGAUAAUAAUGCGUUUCAAAUACAUGAUAAAAACAUGGUAAUCAGGUGAAGAAAUUAGAAAAUUUUGAGUCACCAUUGAAGAUGUACAUUUUUUCUCCCUCCAUGCAAUAAUAAUUCAUAAUUAAAUGAAUGUCUGUAUACCAUGAUAUAUCUUUCAGUUAUUAUCAAUACAGUUAACUCUGCAAACGUUGAAUCUGUUGGGACCACAAAAAUAGUUGGACUUAUGCAAAAUUCGAGUUUUACAUAGUUUGGUCUAGAAAAUAACUCAACUGUAAUAGGGAAAAUUCGACUUGUGCGACUUCAAGUUAUGCAGAGUUAAUUGUACAUAUCUUAAAUUUUGAUAUGAGCGAGUUAUUUGUACAUGUAUUAAACAUAAACGUAAAUAGUACUGUUUGUAUAUAUGUUUUGAUUAAAAAAUUAUAUAUCUGUAUGCAAAAAUUACUUUACUAUCGCCAUUUGUAUUAUUAAAAUCGACUUUUGUGAUUUUACUUACCAGUAUGUAUUGUGUAAGCUA